UUGUUAGUGUGACACACUGAUCUGUCAGCAACAGGUCUUUAACUUUCAGUGCUUCUAAUUUAACAUUGUUUAUCGGACGUUUACAGCUUUUCGUGGUCACCACAUCUUCACAGCGUGUCUGUGGAAGAUUUCUACGACAGGCAGGUAAUAACUUCAAGCUCCGAGAAAGCUCGGAAGUUCGUGCUUUUUCUUGCCCGUGGCGAGGAGAGAGAUGGCUGCAAGCAGCAGCUGAAGACCCCACCGAGAUUUCCCUUGUCUGCCUCCGUCACCUGCAAAUAUGAGUGGUGGUACUAGUAUGUGGGCAAUCUCUCCAGCAGAGAGGAUCAAACACGACCAGACGUUUGAUACCCUCUCCCCAUCAAUGGGCUAUGUUUCAGGAGAGCAAGCAAGGAAGUUUUUCCUCCAGUCUGGGCUGCCUCCUUCAGUGUUGGCUGAAAUAUGGAGUCUUGCUGAUAUGAAUAAUGAUGGAAAGAUGGACAGGCUGGAGUUUUCCAUUGCCAUGAAGCUCAUAAAGCUAAAACUCCAAGGUACCCCUCUCCCUUCAGGGCUGCCAAUCAUCAUGAAACAGCCUCCAGUGCCUGCACCCAGCUUCAUCCCUGCCAUGUCAUCAUAUGGUAUUGGUUCUGUACCUAACCUACCUGUGAUGCCAGGGACAAACCUUUCCAUGUUGACCCCUAUGUCUAUGGGAACACCUGGACUCUCAUCUUUAACUCCAAUGACGGGGCUAACGCCUUUGGUGCCUACAGCAACUGGACUGACACCUUUAAUAGGAUCCGCAGCCACCACUCCUCUAAUGCCCACCAUGGGAAAUGCAACACUGCCAAAUGGCACCAUGGGAAUUCUCCAGCCCAUCCCAGCUGGAUCUAUGGGCUCUGGCCGACCUCUGUCUUCUUCCUACUCUCCGUCUCCACUGGGACUCACCUCUACUCCCGCUGCUGUAAACACAGGCUCAUUACUGUUGGACCUGCCAUCCAGCAGCUCCACUUCAUUGACCCCCUCCAUGCUCUCCCCCAUGGCUGUUGGGCCAAGUGACUGGGCCGUGCCACAUGCCUCCAGACUUAAAUACAGACAGCAGUUCAACAGCUUGGAUAAACAGAUGACUGGAUACCUUACUGGCCAGCAGGUCAGAGGUGCCAUGGCGACCACAAUGCUGACACAGACACAGUUGGCCUCCAUCUGGACUUUAGCUGACGUGGAUAAGGAUGGUAAACUAAAAGCUGAGGAGUUUAUUCUGGCAAUGCAUCUUGUGGACAUGGCAAAGAUGGGACAGCAGCUCCCGUUGACUUUACCAAAUGAGUUCAUACCACCCUCACAAAGGACUGCGGUAAAUGGAUCCAGCCCAUCUGUCUAUGCAUCUCUGAUUGAUGACUUCGACGUAGAUCCUCCACAGAAAUCCAAGCCUAACCCGACAUUCGAGGAUAAAUUUAAAGCCAACCUGGAACGAGGGAACGCAGAGUUGGAGAAAAGGAGACAGGCACUACAGGAGGCAGCGAGAAGGGAGCAGGAGAGGCGUGCUCAGAAAGAAAGAGAAGAAAGAGAAGAACAGGAGAGGAGAGAGCAGGAGGCCGAGGAAAGGAGGAAGAAGGAGGAGGAGCAGAGGCUGGCAAGACAAAGGGAACUGGAAAGGCAAAAAGAAGAAGAACGACAGAGAGAGAUGGAGAGAAAAGAAGCUGUACAGCGAGAGCUUGAGCGUCAGAGAAAGGAGGAGUGGGAGAAGAGGAGGCGUGGUGAGCUCCAGUUAAAGAGGGAACAGGAACACGAUGAAAUCAUGAAGUUAAAAGCCAAGAAGAAGAGUCUGGAGAUGGAGCUGGAAGCUGUGGGUAACAAGCAUCGUCAAAUAUCAGGCAGACUACGUGAUGUUCAGAAUAAAAAGAAGCUUCAGAAGACUGAGCUGGAUCUGACCAGUCAAAGAAAAGAGACACGUCAACACGACAUUUAUAAUCUACAGAAACAGCUGGAGGAUUUCCAGAGGAAAUUGUUGCAGCUAACACCAGAGCAGAAGAGACUGACUGAGAAAUUAAAACAAAUGAGCAUGAAUAACUUAACAGUGUCAGCCAUGUCCACCCUGAAGCGAAGUGUCUCAGAGAAGAAAGCAGCAUCUGUGAAACUGCGGGAGCAACAGCAAUCUCUGGAGAGAGAGUCUGCAGCUAAGACAGCUGAAAUGGACCGCUACACUAAAGACAUGAAGGAACUGCAAGAGAGCCAGAAAAAACAACAGGCGGCGCUAGAGAAACUUCGGAGCAUCAAGGAGGACAAGCGGCGUGAACUAAGUCAAAGGAAGGCACAGGAAGAGGAGCGAAGGAGGAGGGAAGAGGAGAGGAGAAGACAGGAAGAGGAGAGGAAAAGAAAAGAGGAGGAGAGGAAGCGGAGAGAGGAGGAAGAAGCUCAGAGGCUAGAAAAGGAGCGACAGUGGCAGGAGAAGUUGAGGAGGGAUGAAGAAGAGCGUCAGAGGAGACUGAAGGAGGAGAGAGAGGCCAAAAUAAGAGAGGAGGAGGAGAGGGAGAGACAGGCGCUUCUCCAGGCAGCUAAGGAAAAAGCAGAAAGAGAACACAGAGCAAAGGAGGAGGAAGAGAGGAAAAGAAGAGAGGAGGAAGAACGAAAGAGAAAAGUAGAGGAGAAGCAGAGGCAAGAGGAGAGAAGGAGACAGGAAGAGGAGAGGAGAAAGUUGGAGGAGGAGCGACGGCAGCUUGAGGAAGAAAGGAGAAAAUUGGAGGAAGAAAGGAGAAAGGAGGAAGAAAGACGAAAAGAAGAAGAGAGACGCAGGCUUGAAGAAGAAAGGAAGAAGUUAGAAGAAGAGAGGAAGAAGUUAGAGGAGAGCAAAAGAGAGCGGGAGGAAGAGGAGCGGAGACGACAUCGAGCGGCUGAGGCUGCCCUCAGAGAUGCAGAGGAGAGGAGGAAGCGAGAGGAAGAAGACAGGCAAAGGAGGGAGGAGGAGGAGAAGAGAAAGGGAGAUGAUGAAAGAAAGAAGCAUCAGCUGGAGGAGGAUAGAAGGAGGCUUGAGGAGGAGAGAAAAAGGGCAGAUGAAGAGAAGAAGAGAAAAGAUGAGAUGGAGAGGAGGAAAGCUGAGGAGGAGAGACAGAGAAAAGAGGUGACUAGUGAGAAACCGCAAGCAAGUGGAGUUGGAAAAAUAGAUAUUCAAGAGAAACUCAACUCUCUGUUGAAAGGACUGGAGGAGAGAAAAGGUGGACAACCCAGAGUGGCGCAUCACAGGAAGUCGGCAGCUCUCACUUCCUUCAAAGCGCUGUACCCGUUCACUGCACGAAACCAUGAAGAACUCAGCUUCGAUGCAGAUGAUGUCAUAGAAGUUGAUGAGACAACAGAACGGGAGGAGGGUUGGUUAUAUGGGAGCAGACAGGGGAAGUUUGGCUGGUUCCCAGAGAGCUAUGUAGAGAGAAUGACCACAUCAAAGUCGACAAACAGCACUGCUGCUCCUGUUGUGGCUCCCAAAAUACCGCUCCAGUCACAGCUUUCUCUUGCACUUGAAGCCGCUAAGGCAGCUGGGACAAAGUCUGCCUUCACACCAACACACUCUGUGAACCCUGGCCCUUCGGACACCCAAGGACAGGUUGUGGGAAAUCUGGUAGCCAAAGCUCUGUGUUCCUGGACAGCAAAGACCGACAGCCAUCUGAACUUCAAUAAGGAUGAUGUCAUUCAUGUCCUGGAGCAGCAGGAGAACUGGUGGCUGGGAGAGCUGGAUGGGAAACAGGGCUGGUUCCCCAAGACGUAUGUUACAGUGCUUGGAGAAGAAGAAUCUGCAGAUCUGAAGAACCCACAUCCUGAUGGUCCAGACUGUGGUGAUAGCCAGCAGUUUGAAGAAUAUGUGGCUUUGUACACAUAUGAGUCUCCUCAGCACGGCGAUCUAACAUUUACUGAAGGAGAUGUAAUCUUGGUGAGCCAGAAAGAAGGAGAGUGGUGGCACGGCUCUAUAGGUGACCGCACAGGAGUGUUCCCUGGCAACUACGUCAAACCUAAAGAGACAGAUACAUCAAGCACAUCUGGAAAGAAAAAGCCAGAGAUAGCGCAGGUGAUUAAGGCCCAGUCCUCCACAGGAUCAGCUCAACUGAAUUUAGUUCCUGGUCAGCUAAUUGUCAUCCUUGCCAAGAACACCUCUGGAUGGUGGCUUGGAGAACUGCAGGCACGUGGUAAAAAGCGACAGAAAGGGUGGUUUUCUUCUUCUAAUGUCAAAAUACUGGGUUCUAACAGCGGAAAGUCUACCCCGGCACCCCAACCAGUCUGUACUGUGGUGGCCAUGUAUGACUACACAGCUGCCAAUCAGGACGAGAUGAGCUUCUCCAAAGGUCAGGUCAUCAAUGUUCUAGACAAGACCAACCCUGACUGGUGGAAAGGAGAGGUCAACGGGGUCACAGGUCUCUUUCCCACCAAUUACAUUAUGAUGAGCACAUCAGAUGGUGAUCCCAGCCAGCAAUGGUGUUCAGAUCUGACCAGCCUAGACUCACUGAGUGCACAGGAAAAAAAGAGACAGGGAUACAUCCAUGAGCUGAUUGAGACUGAGGAGAGAUAUGUGGAAGACUUGCAGAUAGUACUGGAGGUUUUCCACAAGCCAAUGUCAGAGUCGGGCCGGGUGACUGAUGCAGAGAUGAAAAUGAUAUUUGUCAACUGGAAUGAACUGAUGGCCUGCAGCAAUAAACUACUUAAAGCACUGCACACCCGUAAGAAGGCCGGUGGGGACAACAUGCCAGUUCACGUAAUUGGAGAUGUCUUAGCAUCUGAGCUUGCCCACAUGCAGCCCUACAUCCACUUCUGCUCCUGCCAGAUAAAUGGAGCCUCGCUACUCCAAACCCGCACAGACAACGAGCCAGACUUCAAGGAGUUCCUCAAGAAAAUUGCCUCAAAUUACCACUGUAAAGGUAUGCCACUGUCCAGCUUCCUACUGAAGCCCAUGCAAAGAAUUACUCGCUACCCGCUGCACAUCAAAAACAUCCUGGAUUGCACUGCAGAAGGCCACGUUGACCGAGGUUCUCUGAAAGAGGCUUUGGACAGGGCAGAAGAGCUUUGUCAGCAGGUAAACGAGGCUGUAAGAGAGAAGGAGAACAGUGACAGACUGCAGUGGAUUCAGAACCAUGUGCAGUGUGACGGUGUUACUGAGCACCUCAUCUUUAACUCUCUUACCAGCUGCUUGGGCCCCAGGAAGUUGCUUCACAGUGGCAAGAUGUACAAGGCAAAGAGCAACAAGGAGCUGUGGGCGUUUCUCUUCAAUGACUUCCUGCUUUUGACUCAUUCAUCUCGACCGUUCAGCUCAUCUGGUCCUGACAAGCUUUUCAGCAACAAAAAUAACACACAGUUGAAGAUGUAUAAACCGCCUGUGUUUGUUAAAUGAAGUCCCUGGUGAGGCUGCCAGAUCCUUCAAGCGAAGAGCUGAUCUUCCAUAUCUCUCACAUCGAUAAAGUGUACAUGCUGCGUACUGAAAACAUCAACGAGAGGACAGCGUGGGUUCAGAAGAUCAAGGCUGCAUCAGAAGAGUUCGUUGAGAUCGAAAAGAAGAAAAGGGAAAA